AUGAAGACUGGUGCCCCUGAUGCUGAUGCCACCGGUUUGUCCAGUCCAAGCCCACUGGACCAAGGACCCCUGAUCAAUCCGUUGGACCUCUUCAGAUUGCAUACCAAGCGAAUGGAGGAAAAGGGUGUAGCCAUCCCCCUUGAUCCAGCCUUGGAACAUCUCACCGCUAAAAAUCAUUUCAGUGACCCUGCAAUUGGAGAUGGGGAUCACUUGCCCAAAAUCAACCCAGAAUUGCUUUGCUGCUUCUGUGAUGAGCUACUACCAGCAAGUCCUUCAGCCAGGUUUUUGAAGCUGAGCUCUUAUCUUCAAGGGGUCUCUGAGGUUAAGCGUCGGGUUUCGGCCACCAACCAACUGGCUUUUCACUUACCAUCCAUUCAUCUGGGCAGUUUCCCCGGAUUGCAGACCACUGCCGUCUGCAUCAGGCAGAGUCCAGUACGAUCCCAAUGGGUCAAAAUCGCGGCUGGCCAACUCAAAUCGAGUUUUCAAUCCUCCCAAGCAGAGUCAGAUCUCACCGACAGCAUCUCAAAAAUGUAUGUGAUCGCCAAAUCCCAUCGGAUUUUCUCCGGGACGCAUUGGAGGCCUGGGAGACUCAUGGGGGACGGAAGGUCCAAAGUCUACGGUGUUCAAGGAUACAAGAUCAUUUUGAAAGAACUCCAAUCAAUGUUUAUGAGAUCGGCCAUACAAUUGGCACAACCACUAGAUAAUGAUUUCCUAUUGCGGAAAGUACUAAUACCUGAGGUGGUCAUGUGUUUGAUUGCUGAGGACUACGACUUACCAGUCCUGGACCCAAGGGUCCGAUCACAUUUGGAAGACAGCCGAUCUUUUGGCUCAGUUGUAUUUCCCGACUCAGAUGACGAAUAG